AAUGCCUUUCAUUUUGAGGGAUGAAGACUAUGAACUUAAGUACAGAAGUGCGCUAAAAAGGGCAGUUCUUAGAGCAAAAGCAUACCCCCAAGCUCUUCUCAAGGGUUAUGACAUAUGUCUUGCAACUCAUGUUCAUCCUCCAGUUGGAACCUUAUCAGCCAUUGUAAAAUCUGCAGGAGGCAAUGUUAUACGUGGACUCAAUCAAGUGAAAGAUGAAUGUAAAACUAUAUUUGUUGCUUGUGAAGAAGACAUGGAUGAAGCAUUGUCAGCAGUGAAGAAGGGAAUAUGGACUUUCAGCAGUGACUGGUUUAUGAACUGCGUCAUGAAACAAGAGCUUGACUUAGGAGCUCCUCAAUUUGCAGAGUCCCUCUAAUGCAUAGAUAAACUAUGAGCAAA